AUGCUGACGUACAUUGGUGUGCUCGCUUUAGCUGCGUGCGCUGGAGCUAUAACGCGAGACCAGUUCUACCCUUACGGUCAUGGACUGGACCAGCGCCUGCCUAAGGGCAGCCAGGUGGCAUCACCUGAAGUGCCUUUACAAGUUCCCGUUGUGUUCUACGGGGAGACAUAUGACAGUAUUUAUGUAAACAACUUUGGUGUUUUAUCAUUCAGAUCCGACAUCCCGACAUUCCUCAACACAGAAUUCCCAUUACCUUACCCAUCUAUAGCGGCCUUUUACACCAACGUGGACACUACAGAUUCCGGAACCGUCUACUACAGGGAGACUAACGAUACCUAUGCCAUACUAAAAGCAGAAGAAGCUGUCCAAAACAACUUCCUAAACUACUUUGACUUCCGACCAACGAGCGUGUUUAUCGCUACCUGGGUGGACGUGACUUAUAAAAGCCGUCAACAACAAGAUCGUAAAAACAGUUUCCAAGUUGUUAUCAUUAGCAAUGGCACAGAAAGCUUCGUAGAGUUAUUGUACCCCGAAAGGGAGAUCCAAUGGAUCCAGAAAGAAACACAUGGAUCCACUCUUCCUGAAGCGAAGGCUCAAGCUGGCUUUAUUGCCGAGGACGGCCGUGUUUAUACACUCAGAGGCUCGGGUAGCCAGCAAAUUCGCAAUAUCGUUACGUGGUCGAAUACACACGAGCCGGGCAAAUACGUAUUCCGCGUAGGAGACAUACCGUACGAUGGAAAUAUCGUAGUCCCCGAUCAAUAUAACGAAGACGAGCUAGAAGUGGAAGAAGAAUCCAGAACCUGCGCUCAGAGCGGCCUCAGUGUAUGUCAUGUAAACGCACGCUGCGUUGAUUACCAAGCUGGUAUAUGCUGCAAAUGUAACGAGGAAUCUUAUGGCAACGGAAAGUCCUGCAUCAAGAAGGAUGAACCCCUCAGAGUCCACGGCAAAAUCAACGGAGUUCUCAAUAAUAUCAAUUUGAACGAAGUUGACAUUCAAGCUUAUGUAGUCGUAGCAGACGGCAGAGCAUACACUGCUUUGUCCUUAGUCCCGACAAAUUUAGGUAGUAGCCUACGACUACUCAAUGUACUCGGCGGUGUUAUCGGCUGGCUAUUUGCAAAACCUACAGGUUCUGCUAAAAAUGGAUAUCAACUAACCGGAGGUGUUUUUAAUCACACUGCUGACAUUUAUUUCCCAUUAACAAAAGACAGAGUUGUCAUAAAUCAAGAAUUUUUAGGACAUGACGUUUUCGAUCAAAUCACUUUAGAAACUGAUAUUCGAGGUACAUUGCCAUAUUUAUCGAAUGGAGCUAAACUUGAUAUAUCAGAAUUUGAAGGAAAAGUUGGAACAAAGCUUCACAUAUCAGAAUUCGAACAACAAUUUACAAAAGUUGAACCAGGACUCUUCAGAUCCGAAUCUUCACGUACAUUUAUAAAUAAGAACACAGGCGAAAAAUAUCAAGAAAUUAUAUCGCAAACCUUUACUUUCAAUGCAGCUUGUCGCUAUGCUCCUAACACCGAAGAAGAUGAACUCCCAGUAACCUUAAAAGUAUCUAAAAAUUACCUUGGUUAUGAAGCCAAGGAUAACAUAGUAAGAUACGGAUCUAGUAACAAAAUCUCACCUCUCGGACAAGAUCCAUGCAAAGAAGGACGUAAUAACUGUGGAGCGGAUAGCUCUUGCGUUGUUGAAGGCAAUUCUUAUACCUGUAUCUGCCAAAAUGGUUUCACAAAUAUUUAUCAUCAAAAUAAUUCAGUAUGCGUCGAUAUAGACGAGUGUGAAGCUGGCACACAUAACUGCGACAUUAACUCCGAUUGUUACAACCAUCAAGGUGGAUUCGAGUGCAGAUGUCGGCACGGUUUUGAAAUGAAUGGCAACACAUGUCGUCGUACAAAGCGGUGCACUAGCAAAACCUGUGGCUUUAAUUCCCGGUGUGUUGAAAAUGAUGGAAAGGAACCAACGUGUGUUUGCCAUAGCGGAUAUGUCUAUAACGGAGAAAGUUGUGAUAGAGUUAAUGAUGACUCUUGCAGUUACUGUCAUCAACAAGCUUCUUGCAUAUAUGCCGAAACUUCUAACAUGUACUAUUGUCAAUGUAACGCUGGUUAUACUGGUAACGGAUAUCAAUGUGAAGAAGAGACAAGACAAACCUCUUUUUCUCAGCGACCAACUUAUGAGCGACCGAGUUCUAGACGACCAUUUUACGACAGACCGACUAAGAGACCAACUCCCGAAUCACAAUUCCCAGAAUCACCCGCUAUUGAGCCACAAUCGACUACAGAAUAUUCAUCAGAUCUCUUUCCUAGUCCCACGCCUUCCUAUGAAAGAAGCACUCGAGAAGCCGAAUAUAACGAUUCGAUAGUUUUACCUCAAUGUGAUGCAUACAGAUGCGUCUGUCCAUAUGGCUACUCAAGCUAUAGAGACGACAGAAAUAAUGACUUAUGCCGCCUAGACAGCUAUUCAAGUUCAACUUCGGAGCCGUAUUCUGAUAGCAACGAUACCUCAAUCACAUGCUACAGUGAUGCAGAUUGUCCACCAAACGCUGCAUGCAUUUACCAACCAGCUGACGCUAACGCUCAAUACGGACAUUGUGUAUGUCCAGAGGGCUAUGAAGGAGAUGGUUUGGAAUGUAUCGAACGAACCGGAUCUGUGUGCUCCUGCGGUUCCAACGCCCAUUGCAUCGACACUGCCGCUGGAGAUUUCCUUUGUAUUUGCGAUUCAGGUUACCACGGCGACGGUUAUACAUGCCGUCCAAAUUUUAGCUGUACCACUAGUUCAGACUGCGAAUAUAAUGCCGAAUGCAGACCAGAUCCCACAAGUAGCGAAUACGUGUGCCAAUGUACAGAAGGAUAUAUUAGAGACGAAAACGACGCCUGCAUACGUGACGGUCAACUCUGCAACGGAGCAGUAUGUCCUGAACAUGCUUCUUGUCUUUACGAUGAAACAGAACAAGUGAGCUAUUGUCAAUGUGACCCGGGAUACGAAGGUGAUGGUAUCUUACAGUGUGUACUUCAAGGACUUUCGUGUGACAUAAACAACGACUGCAGUCCUGAUGCCGUGUGCACUCCUUACGAAAACUCCUACCAAUGUAUUUGUAAAGAAGGAUUCACUGGAGACGGCUACUCUUGUACACAAGAAGUGAACUGCAAAACAAAUCCUUACUUGUGCAACGCUCACGCAUCAUGUUUGAAACGUAGUGAUGUAUACGUUUGUGAAUGUAACACUGGUUAUAAUGGUAAUGGAAGCUAUUGCGAUAUAAAUCCAAGACAAGCUGGUAGCUUCUUAGUUGCCAGUGAUGGUGCUUCCGUAUACAGAGUACCGUUCAGAACUAGCCCGAGAGAGUUUGCGACGCCUAUCAAUAGUGCAAUUUAUCAGAUAGCUGUUGGUGUUGAUGUAGAUUGCUUGACUGGCAGAAUAUAUUGGGGAGAUGUUGUAGGAAACUCUAUUAAAAGUUCUGGUUAUGAUGGUUCUGCAUAUGAUCAAUUUUUAUCAGCCGAUGUGAAAUCACCAGAAGGCCUGUCCGUUGAUUGGUCUGGCAGAAACGUGUUUUGGACGGAUUCUAAGAAAUAUACUAUAGAGGUAGCCAACGUUGACACAAAGGUCAGAAAAGUAUUGUUCUCUGGAGAUGGAAUAUCCAACCCUAGAGGUAUUGCAGUCCAUCCACAAAGAGGAAAAAUCUUUUGGUCUGAUUGGAACCGUGCUGGGCCAAAGAUCGAGUGGGCCAGCAUGGAUGGAUCUGAACGCGGUAUAUUCUUAGACUCCUCUGAAGUCCAGCUUCCCAACUCUCUGGCUAUCGACUGGACUCGCGACCGGCUCUGCUAUGCUGACGCUGGACUUCACAGCAUCAAAUGCGUAAACAUCGAUACACGAGAAAAAGAAACUAUUGCGACCAACUGUACUUACCCAUUCGGUUUAGCGAUAAAUGGGAAUAAAUUCUACUGGAGCGAUUGGAAAACGCUCAAAAUCGAAUACAUCGAUAGCAGCACACGGCAAAAGGGUCAAGUGCCGAUUUCUACCGCAUCAAGGAGACUGUACGGAGUGGCCGCUUAUCCUGAGGCUUGCCCACAGUUAGGCAACGUAUGCCAACACCGGAAUGGCAACUGUGACGUAACACAAUUGUGUCUGCCCGAUGGCAGGGGCAGCCGGACUUGCGCAGACGGCGUGAGUGGAAACUGA